AAAGAAAACAACAAACGGCGUCCGUGUCCGCUCUGCUGUCCUGUCAAACAAGCGCACUCGCACUCGUUAAGUCAACUCUGGGGGGGCACACGGGUUCUCGAUCCCUUUAAAGUGGAAGUAAUGCGAACGUUUCGCACAGAAACAGCACCGACACCGGCAUCAUGGACCAGCAAUACUGUUUGCGCUGGAACAAUCAUCAGUCUAAUUUAACCACCGUGCUCACCACGCUGCUGCAAGAUGAGAAACUGUGCGACGUCACGCUGGCCUGCGAUAAAGGAAUCGUUAAAGCACAUCAAGCCAUUCUGUCCGCGUGCAGUCCCUACUUCGAGCAGAUAUUCGUCGAGAACAAGCAUCCGCAUCCGAUCAUCUACCUGCGGGAUGUGGAGGUGAACGAGAUGCGCGCCCUGCUCGACUUCAUGUACCAGGGCGAGGUGAACGUGGGCCAGCACAAUUUGCAAAACUUUCUCAAGACGGCCGAAAGUCUCAAGGUACGAGGACUGACCGAAAGUAGCGCGGACCGGUAUUCGGCCGAUGCGGACAAGCUCCGUUCGGAGCGGAUCCGGGACUCACGGGAUGAGCGCGAUUCCCUAACGCUACCGAACGCGUCCAACAACAACAAUAACACAAUUAGCAGUAAUAACAACAACUCCCUGCAUCAUGGGCCGCUGCGCGACAAGGAGCUCACCGAGCACGACCAGCUCGAGCGCCUACAGCACCAGCAGCAGCAACAGCAACAGCAGCAACAGCAAACGCAACACCAGCAACAGCAGCAACAGCAGCACCAGCAACAACAGCAACAGUCGUCGCACCAAUCGCAACAUCAGCAACCGUCGCAUCAAACGCACCACCAUCAUCACCCGCACGUUGUCGGUACCGGUGGUCCGGUACAGCAACAACCCUCCCGGAGUGCGAGCAUCGAUCUGAUGCAGUCCUCGCUGGUCGACGAUCGCGACUACCUCCCCGCCGAGGAUCGCGAAAUCAGCACGGUAGAGAAUAAGAAGAAGCGUAAAAUGUCCACCACCUGUGAUAACUCUUCGCCCUCGACGCCCUCCCUGAUGAACGAACGGCAAGGAGGUUACGAAUCACAGGCCUCGUCGCACAGUAGUUUCAAGCAAAGUCCCAAACCGGACGACGAGUUUAAGGUGAGCUCACCGGCACCGGUGGUACAUCCGCUGGCGGGCCAUCCGCUGGGCGGCAUCAAGCAGGAGCUGCCCGAGUUACCAGUACGCCAUCCGCUGUCCUCCGACCUGAUGCAGCCCCUCAAGUUGCCGCUGUAUGCUGACGAGAUGUCUGCGAGCAUCGGACUAGAACCGCACGCGCACCUCAACCACCUGCGCCAUAAAUCGAAACAUCCUAUACCAAUCAAUCUGAAUGCGGACGAUAUGAACAACAUCCUAGCGCCCGGCAAUAUUGCGUCGCUCAACGAGAGCGGUGACAGUGACGUACACCUGUCACAUCCGGAUCAUCCAGACAAUAUUGAUGGUGACCGUAUGUUGCGUCUAGCGAUGGCGUCACGUCACCACCAUCAACGUGCCGGUUUGCAUCAUCACGAUCUUGCUUCAGGAGUGGUUGUGAAUGCCGUUUUGGCAGCGGGAGGAGGUGGAGGAGGAGGAGGAGGAGGCGGCUGCGUUAAUGGAAGCCGUGCAGGAGGCGGUACAGGAGGUGGAAGUAGCGAUGGUGCAGAGUAUGAAAGUGCAGGCAGAGGGGGAGGUGCAGGUGGAGCAGGGUCAGGUUUAGGGAGUAGGGCAGGUGGUUCAGUUAUAGGGUCAGACAAGCAGCAGAACCGCAGCAAUCACCACCGCUCCGAUUCGGCGGACUGUACCGGGGGUGGUAGUGGAGGAGGAGCAGGACUCGGAUGUGACGGUGCUGCUGCUGCUGCUGCUGCUGCCGCCAGUAUGCUUGGCUUCAGUGCCGUCCCACUGCCGCUCGGCGGUAGCCUCGUUGAGUCGCUGGUCGAACAUCACCGGCUGGCCGCGGGCCUCGGUGCAGGUGGUGGAGGAGUAACAGGAGGUACCAAUGGUGGUGGUGGUGGUGGAGGAGGAGGAGGAGGCAUCGCGAACGGGGCUCAGUACGUUGGGGGGCAUCACCUGUCGCAUCAUCACAGCACCAAUACCAACACCGCCACCACCACCGGUCAUCACCAGCACCACCCACCGCACGCUUCACACCAUCAUCCUCUGCAGCAUCACAAUCACGCUGCGAGCAGUGCCUUUAACAGUGCCAGUGAUGCUGCACGCACGGGAGUGGCGGUGGCGGCAGCAGCUGCAGCAGCAGCGGCGGCGGCGGCAGCUCUCAGCGUUAGUGGCCAGCCCGAUGGUAGUAAUCGAGGCGGCAGUAAACCCUCUGCCACGUCCACGACCCCACCGACACCGGCGUCCCUGUCGUCGUCCUCAUCGUCCUCAUCCUCGGCGUCGUCGUCGGCGGUUUCCCUGAGCGGGGGUAAUGGCGGCACUGGUGGCAGCGGUGCACCACCCGGCAGCUUCCUCGUAGCAGGCGAUCCCUCCGACGGUCAGAUGAACCUAGGAACGGGCGUAGGCGGUGCAGGCGGUAGCGUCGGUGCUGCCGGUGGUGGUGGUGGUGGCUCUCUACGCAGUAGUGGCGGUGCGUCCGGGGGAGGAGCAUCUGCCGGCGGUGGUGGUGGAUCGAGUACGACGCGGCGCGAUCACAACAUCGACUACUCCUCACUGUUCAUACAGCUAACCGGCACCUUCCCGACGCUGUACAGCUGCGUCAGCUGUCACAAGACCGUCUCGAACCGCUGGCACCACGCCAACAUACACCGGCCCCAGAGCCACGAGUGUCCGGUUUGCGGACAGAAGUUCACCCGGCGCGACAAUAUGAAGGCACACUGCAAGGUGAAGCAUCCGGAGCUGAGGGACCGCUUCUACAACCACAUCGUACACAUGUGAUUAAGCGCCGCCCGAAACAAGCAGCGGCUGAAAUAUAAGAAGAACCUGUUCG